AUGCUGAGUGGGAAGAUGACUUGUGUGAAGUACCAUUUCAAUACAGACCACGGUAUCCGCAAUAUGCCUGUCGAUGAAGCUGCCUUUCUUGCUGGUGCCGACCCUGACAUUGCUAAUCGAGAUUUGUUCGAAGCCAUUGAAGGUAGCGAAUUCCCUUCCUGGACGUUGCGUAUCCAGACGAUGACUCCUGAGCAAGCCAAGAAACUAAUUGCGGUUGGUGUGACAAAGGUUGGCCGCAUAAAUACUAACCAAAGAAGUCGGGCGUUUGGUAUUGAACAGAAAGCCGCACAACUACUUUGCCGAGAUUGA